AUGCCUCUCAUCGACGCCAACACCCCACCUACCUCCACCGACACUCACUACGUCGUCUAUUUCGCCUCCGGUGAGCCCUCAUGGUGUCCUGACUGCCGUGAUGCCCUCCCCGCGCUGAACGCUGUUUUUGGCGGCGCUUCUGAUCCUACCGCUUACAUCGUCCGCGUGGGUUCGCGUGAGGAGUGGCGGGGUACUCCUAAGAACAAGUAUCGCAAUGCACCUUACAACAUCAAUGGCGUUCCUACUGUCGUCAAGGUCCAGAAUGGCAAAGAAGUUGGACGAUUGGGCGAUAAGGAGAGUCAGGUUGAGUCUUCUCUUCGCAAGCUUGUGAACCAGUGA